UCUCCCUAAAAGUUCCCUUUCUUUCUCUCUGAUUUUUCUCCCCUUUUCGCCUUUGCUUCCUUCCCAUUCAACCAAAACCUAACCGCAUCCACUUAUUUCGUUAUAAUCAUGGAAUCCUCCACCGAAAUGUUCGACGACGUCAAGUUCGAGAAGGAAAAGGCUGUUGCGCGCUUCAAUCGCCUCCGUAGAAUGACGAGGCUGCGCCAGAUCGUCGAAGUCGCCUCCGUCUUCGUCGCCGUCUCGUGGUGCUCGGCGCGCGCGCCGGCGCUCGACUUCGCCACGCGCCUCUUCAACCACCACGUUAUCGCGUUUCUCGUCGGAAACGCGAUCGUAGUGCUGCUGUUCGUGCUCUGCCGCCACAGCGACGGCGGCGCUUCCGCCGCAGAUCUCUACGACGAUUUUGUCAGGUACAGCGAGGCCGCUCGCGCUCCGCCCCCGCCGGAGCAGAGCGAGGAAGUGGCGGAGGCGGAAAUCGGCGACGGCGACUGUCAAAAGCAGAUUGUUGUGGAUGAAUGUGAUGACGUGACGAAGGUGAUUGAGAAAGCGGCGAGGCAGAUGAAGAAGUUCCAGAGGAAUCGAUCGGAGAUGACGCUGAGGUGCGAGGUUGUGGUACGGCCGGAGCUCCGGAGAUCGGAGACGGAGAAUCGCCGGAAUACGGUGAAUACGGAGGCGGCGGAGAUUGAGAAUCUGAGCAGCGAAGAAUUCCAGCGGAGAGUUGAUGCAUUCAUCGAUAAGCAUUGGAUCAAAACGACACCUAAAUUGGAAAGACGCAGUAUGGCAUAAGGAUUUCGAGGGUUAAAUUUGUCUUUUUGUUUAAGUACAGGAUUAACAAUUCUAUUGUUUUUUUUUUCGAAAUGGAAUUAGUGCAAUAUUAAUCUACAACCAAAUUUAUUAAACUCCUACUUUUGCAGUUGUCAAUUCCUGAUGAGUUAUUUUCCGGAAUUUUAUGCCUCUCUAAGUCGUUGUUUGAGGGCAAUUAUGGAAUUACAUGAUGCGUGUGGAUUGUGAAAAUAUA